AUGGAAUUCGGCUGGGGCUCUACCGGCAAAGAAAUUGUCGACUUGUUCAAGGACAGGGUCGCCGGAAAGACAUUCUUGAUCACUGGUCCAACCCCAGGCGGCAUAGGCGCCGAGAGUGCAAAGAGUCUUGCCACUGCAGACCCGAAGCACCUGAUACUGGCUGGACGAACCCUUUCGAAGAUUCAACCUCUCAUCGACGAUCUCAGCAGCACUCAUCCAAAUGUCAAAGUCAGCUUCGUCCAACUUGACCUUGCAAACCUGAAAUCGGUGAGGGAGGCGGCUGAGAGUGUCAAGGUUGCGCUCGCUGGUGACAAGAUCGAUGUUGUCAUUCUCAACGCCGCCGUCAUGGCUUGUCCUUAUGCGUUGACGGCGGACGGUGUGGAGUCCCAAUUUGCGACGAAUCACCUCGGACACUUCUUGUUUGGAAACCUCUUGCUCAAAGACGGCUUGGUGGGAUCACGCGUCGUGGUCGUUAGCAGCUUAGCCUCGCAGCGCAAGGCCGACUUUCUCAUGCCAGCCUUGAAAGAUCUUACCUAUGAUCAUGGGAAGACUUACGAUCCAAUAGCGGCAUACAGUGUAUCCAAGGCUUGCAAUGUUUUGUAUGCAAAGCGCCUGGCUAAAAUGCUCGCACCCAAGCGAAUCUCGACGUUCAGUUUGAAUCCAGGAAGUAUUUUGACCAACCUCCAAGGCUACAUUACAGAAGACAUGAGGAAUCAAGCCAUGGAAGUGUUUAGGAAAGAAAAUCCGGGAGUGACGCUUCCAGAACGCAAGAGCUUACAGCAGGGAUGUGCGACUCAGCUUCGUGCAGCACUGGAUCCUAGCCUAGAUGGUCAUUCAGGAGCCUAUCUCGAUGAUUGCCAGGUGAAAGAGACAACUGAGCAUAAGGAUGCGGAGGCGUAUAUGGACGAAGUCUGGACACUAAGUGAGAAAUUAGUUGGUGAGAAGUUUGUCUUCUAGGGUGGAUAUGUCAGUAUGUCAGUAUGUCAGGCGAAGGAGAUAUAUCGGACGAGGCUGGAGUACUGUAGGAUUGUAGGAUUGUGACCUUGAGGAUGGUAUCGUCAGCACCGGCGAGUCAGCCCAUUGCUCUUUCUUAAAGAACGGUUGGACUCGGUAACAGCGGAAAUGGAG